CAUACCCAAAUAAAUGAUAAUACGCAAGGAAUCUUUAAUUAUAGCGACUAGUAAAUUUAUUCGGAGGUAUAAAGUUCGAAGGGGCAGCGCAGCCAUUUUUUCUGGCAACAUACACGCCAGAACCAGAGUUCGAAUCAAACAGGGGCUUCGAGACGCGUCGGUGGAAAGAGCGGCACCCCAAAUAGAUACAACAACAACCAUCACUCCAAGAUGAGCGCCAACUCGAAGGCGGAUCCGAUCUCACUGAGCUUCCACGACUCGUGUCUGCGGAUGUCCGACGUGCAGCUGCUGCAUGGGCCCCGCUGGCUGAACGACCAGAUUUUGAGCUUCUACUACGAGUACCUGACGCACGUGAAGUACAAGACAAACGACGAUAUCGUCUUCAUAGCCCCCGAGGUGACCCAAUGCAUGAAGUACAUGGACGACCAGGAGCUGGAGCAACUCAUGGAUCAGAACAAGGCCACUAGGAAGCCAUUUAUAUUCUUCGCCUUGAAUGAUAACAUGAGCUUCGAGGCCGGUGGCACGCACUGGUCGUUGCUGGUCUUCUCGCGACCGGAGAAGACGUUCUAUCACUUUGACUCGUACGGAAACAACAACACUAGCAACUCUGUGGAGCUGAUGAACAAGGUGAAGGAAACUAUGGACAUGCGCUCUGCCAAGUUUCGUCCAAUGCGCUGCCUGCAACAGGCCAACGGCUACGACUGCGGCAUACACGUCAUUUGUAUGACCGACCACAUUGCCGACUAUCUGAAUAGGUAUGAGGUGAUUGAUGGACUACCGCCGCUGCAGGUGGACACCGUUAAAGCCAAACGCACGGAACUGCUCAAGCUGAUCUUGUCGCUGGGCGGCAAGGACUAGACGUCGUUUCUUUCCUCCAUUUGCUAGUUUUAAGUUAUCGAAUGAAUAUUGUAAAUGUAUCAUUUACAGAAAACCGCUAUACAUUCAUACUGACACACACACACACACACACACACACAUACAACCUGAAAAAGGCGAGAGAGGUACGCAAACAUGUGAAUACGAUACCCAUGAAUUAAUUUUAAUUUUGAUUUAAUUCCACGAAGACAUUUAGAAAAUGUUUAUGUGGAAGCCAGUGCCAGGCACGGUAGUGAAAUAACACACCCCACAGAAGGAGGCGCACUCGAUAUGUGUGAAAAGGAUUAACUUACAAAUAAAGAUUUGUUUACGCGCAAUCGAUAUCAAAUCAAAUUUAACAGUGUAA